ACAAAUGAAAACUUCCAUCCGGUGGUCUUCCAUUACAGCUGAAACAAACCACGCGUUUCUCUAACGAGUAGUGUCAGAAGAGAAGACCCGUCCCCAUCGUGCCCCCUCACAAAGACAACCGAGUUCUCAAAUCCGGCAGAAACAGCUAACCUACUCUUCCUUCUUCACCUUCUUCUCUCCCUCUCCCCCCCCUCUCUCUCUCUCAUCUUGCCGCAAUGGGGGAACGGAAAAAACCCAUUUCUGGUCGGUCGAUUCUUCUCUUGUGGGUCUUCAAUUUUUUCUCUCUCGCCGUCGCCGAUGAUGCUGCCAUCAUGAACAAGCUCGCCGCUUCUCUUUCUCCGACCCCAUCAGAUUGGUCAGGUAACGACCCCUGCAAAUGGACGGGGGUUAACUGCGACGCCAACGAGCGAAUCACCGCCAUCAGCCUUGCCUCCAAGUCGCUCACAGGUACUCUUCCUUCAGAUCUCAAUCAACUCACCCAGCUCAAAAUCCUAGCUCUCCAAAACAACCACAUCUCGGGCCCCUUGCCUUCUCUCGCCAAUCUCACAAAUCUGCAAGAAGUUUAUCUUGAUUCUAACAACUUCACCUCUGUUCCGGACUCGUUCCUCACUGGGCUCGAUAACUUACAGAUACUUAGCAUCAGCGAGAACUCAAACCUUGCACCAUGGUCUAUACCCUUAGAUCUGGGGAAAUCUGCGAGUUUAGUUACGCUUUACGCUAGCAAAUCCAAUGUAAUGGGCACGAUACCGGACAUUUUUGGUUCGCUUCCGAAUCUGCAGUCUGUCAGGCUUUCUUAUAAUAACCUGACGGGGUCUCUGCCGCCUUCUCUCAACGGUUCUGAUGUCCAGAACCUCUGGCUCAACAAUCAGGCAGAUGGGUUAUCUGGAACCAUUGAUGUGCUUGGAACAAUGGCUCAGCUCUCCCAGGUUUGGCUACAUGCGAACAAGUUUUCCGGUCCGAUCCCAGAUCUUUCUAAGUGCACUUCUCUCUUUGAUCUUCAGCUCCGAGACAAUCAGUUCACUGGGACCAUUCCUGARACAUUGAUGUCACUUCCCAACUUGCUAAAUGUGACAUUACAGAAUAACAAGUUGCAGGGUCCAUACCCACAGUUCAAAUCCAAUGUCAAUGUUGUUGUUGGUACUACCAAUAAUUUCUGUAAUCAAAAGCCCGGCCCUUGUGAUCCUCAGGUGACAGCAUUGCUUGCUCUGGCUGGCGGCUUUGGGUACCCCGUCAGUCUGUCGGAUGCUUGGGACGGUAAUGAUGCAUGUCAAGGUUGGAGCUUUGUCACUUGCCAGGGUAAAAAUGUCUCUGUAAUUAACCUUGGGAAGCAGCAUUUAUCAGGGACGAUCUCAUCCGCCAUUGCGAACCUUACUUCAUUGAGGAACCUGUACCUGAAUGACAAUAAUCUCACCGGUCCAAUACCGAGUGCAUUAACAGGAUUGACUCAGCUCCAGACUCUUGAUGUUACAAACAACAACCUUACAGGAAAAAUACCAGAUUUCCCACAAUCUGUGACACUGAAAACAUCGGGUAAUCCCUUGCUUGGAAUCGAUUCAUCCUCGGGAAGUGGAAGUGGAGGAAAUUCGGGCUCCUCAUCAGGUGCUAAUUCACCCGGUGGAAGUCCAUCUGAUAGCCCAAAGACAAAUUCUGUCUCGCCCGGUAUGAUUGCUGGUACAGUUAUUGCAGUUGUGAUUUUCUUAUGUGUUGUGUUCUUUGUCUUCUACAAAUGUUGUACCAAGAAAAAACAUCAGAAAUUUAGCCGGGUUCAAGGCCCUUCUUCAAAUGGGAAGGAGGUUGUGAAAAAUGGCGUGAUUGGUAUGAAUGGGUUUGGAGUGGCUAGCGAACUUCACAGCCAGAGUAGCGGAGAUACUAGUGAAAUCCAAUUCUUUGAAGGUGGUAAUGUUGUCAUUCCAAUACAGGUCCUUCGACAGGUUACAAAUAAUUUCAGUGAAGAAAACAUAUUGGGAAGAGGAGGAUUUGGAGUUGUUUAUAAGGGAAUACUCCAUGAUGGUACGCAGAUUGCUGUUAAGCGGAUGGAGUCUACUGUAAUGGGUACAAAGGGGAUGAAUGAGUUUAAGGCGGAAAUUGGAGUUCUUACAAAAGUAAGGCAUAGACAUUUGGUUGCCCUUCUAGGUUUCUGUAUCAAUGGCAAUGAAAGGCUUUUGGUAUAUGAGUACAUGCCUCAGGGGACAUUGGGCCAGCAUUUGUUUGAAUGGAACGAGCAUGGGUAUCUUCCUCUCACAUGGAAACAAAGGGUCACAAUAGCACUAGAUGUGGCCAGAGGGGUGGAGUACCUCCACAGCUUGGCACAACAAAGUUUCAUCCACAGGGAUUUAAAGCCUUCAAAUAUUCUUCUUGGGGAUAGCAUGAGGGCUAAGGUUGCUGAUUUUGGUUUGGUAAAGAAUGCCCCUGAUGGGAAGUAUUCUGUUGAGACGCGGUUGGCAGGGACAUUUGGAUAUCUUGCACCUGAGUAUGCAGCUACUGGAAGGGUGACAACUAAAGUUGAUGUUUAUGCAUUUGGUGUGGUCUUGAUGGAGCUAAUUACUGGUAGAAGAGCACUUGAUGAAACUGUGCCAGAGGAGAGAUCUCAUCUGGUCACAUGGUUUCGUAGGGUUCUGAUCAACAAGGAUAACAUCAGGAAAGCUAUUGACACCACCCUUGAUCCUGACGAGGAGACCUUUGUUAACAUCUGCAAGGUGGCUGAGCUUGCAGGUCAUUGCACAGCUCGUGAGCCUGUUCAGAGGCCAGACAUGGGCCAUGCAGUUAACGUCUUGGGUCCUCUUGUAGAGCAGUGGAAACCUUCUUCCCAAGAAGAAGAAGAAAGUUAUGGCAUUGACCUUCAUAUGACUUUACCUCAAGCUCUACAGAGAUGGCAAUCUGAUGAAGGCACAUCAACAAUGGCUGACUUUAGCCAAACGAUAAACUUAAGUAACAGUCAAGCCAGCAUACCUACAAAACCUACAGGAUUUGCAGACACAUUCAAGUCAACAGAUUGCCGAUGAACAUAGGUAAAAACAAAAUUCUGAAGAGAUGAGAAAAAGACAGGUUUCCAUGCUAUUAGGCCAGUGAAGAACACGCAUCUCUCUUGUUGAGGUUUUUUAUCAGUUGACAUUGAUAUUCCUUCUUGUUAGUUCUUCUGAUUUUUAUUUUGUUAAUUACUUGGACAUAAGAGUUAUCUGUUUCCCUGGUUUGGAUUCUUUUGUGUAAAUUUAACAGAUUGUAUUGAUGGUACUGAAAGAGCUGGGGGAGAGUGUUUGGUGGUAUUAGUGGUGGAUAGGUUGGAGUUACAAGUAAGAGAAGAAAGUUUUGUACCAUAUUCAUUUUUACUGGUCACCUGACCAUUUGGAUCAUAAAUUAGUGUUGCCCAGGAGUAUUUA